ACCAGUGCACUACGUUCGCGAGCUACCCUGGGCUCAACCAAAUUUUUGCUAUUUUUUUUUCAUUUUCACUGUGUACACUGCUUAGUAACUGCCGUAAGGCAAUCCAACAGUUAUUGUCUGAUUCUGCUAUUUUACGCUUCGACAGACUUACUUUGAUAAACGUUUGUCUUUUUUAUGAGAUUUACCGAUUGUUAAUUAUUUUUUCAACUGUGCGUUUAUUCCAAAGGUGAAUCCAGUAAAGGAAGAAGAUGGUUUCCACUCGCCAAUCCAGUAACAGCAGCACCAACAUUGAUGGUUCAAUAUUAUGCUGCGACAAAAGUUACGAUGCCGCGCCGUCAAAUACAUCGUCGCGAAGGAAUCAACAAUCGCAGAGUGGUGCAGUAUCCACGACAGAUAACACGUCGUACAUCAAUAUUCUUGAUUUACCUGUCGAAAUUUUACAAAAGAUCUUAGGCUAUUUGGAUUACAAUUCGAUCGCUCGUUUGCGCCCAGUAUGCCAUCAAAUGGACAAAGUGUGCGGUUCAAUACUGAAUUCAGCGUUUCAGCGACUUCAGACACAGAUGCUCAGUCGUUUUCAAGCUAUAAAGGCGCAAAUGCCCAGGAGAGAAUCUGCUAGACGAAAUCAUCCUUUGGCUUGCGAAUCGGAUAUUAUCGAAACUUUACACAUGCGAUUGACGCUCUUACAAAUGAGCUUUGGCAAACAUAUCGAACGAAAACACUGCUGUUUUUUUCCAGGCGAAAUAUUAGAUGAAGUUAAUCGUAUAUUACACUACAUCAGAGUGACACCAAAAUUAGCCCGACCUUAUAAAGUUACGGACGAGUUAUUCGAUUUGAGUACAAUGGCAAUGGAGUACUUUAAAGAUUGUAUCGAACCAACUCUACCUGAAAUACCGUAUUUUGGAGCUGAGUUUCUCGACCUGGCUGGAACUUUUUCUUGUAUGUAUGCUCAUUUACAAAGUCAUCAUCAAAUAAUAAAUGAAAAACCUUUCCUUUACCUGAACACAGCCCCACUAAGUGUACCGGAAGGUGGUAAGGCGCGUGGCAGUGCAAGCAGCGGCGAGGCAUCACCAUCGUGUUCGGGUAAUGAUGAGUCAGGUAGCAACGCAUUGGAUAGCAACGUGUCAAGUGGUUCAGCCUCGUCUCCUCAAUCCAACAUGGUACUACGUAAACGUAUUCGAAAGAUUAAGCAAGGUAUGAAGCGUUACAACAGCCAACUUACCAUGAUGCGUCGCGACCUAAGGACUUGUAAGGCCAAAAUAGCCGAUCAACAGAAGCAAAUGAUCGAGUAUGCUACGAGGCUUGACGACAAUGACAAGAAGAACGAAGAAACUUCCAGAAAGUUUAGCACUCUGCUACAGGUACUUACCAAGGAGUUGAACAAGUGCAAAACCGAACUACAAUACUGGCGCUCAAAGUCGCCAGCAAUCCCUGUAUAUUUCGGCUGCGGUCAAUCUUUGCCAGUACCCACGGAUGACUUUCAAUCGCUGGCGAAUCAAGGCAUCCUUGCAAACGUCGAGACGAGUAUCAACGAAGGGCUCGAUUUUAUUCCCAUAGCUGAUGUGGCUGUACGUAGCCCAACGGAACGAGAGAUCGAUGGAAUGUUGGGUAUGCCAACAGCUCAAGUAUCACAAGCAAGCAGUAGUAGCAGUGCUAGCAGUUGCAGUAGUACAACUACCUUUGAAUCUAUGGCUCCACCUAAAACAAUAUCACUUCUAUCCACGGCCACUACAACACCAUUACCACCACCGCCGGCUCUCAUCACGUCAUCGAAAAGGAAAUCAGCUUCUUCGUGCUCUGAGGAUGAUGCAAUUAAGAAACCUCGACGCAUACUCAAAUCACGACAGGCUAAGCGUUCCAAAAUAUAAAAUGCCUUUGUCGUUGUUUCUUAAUUUUCAUUUAUUGACUGCUAUAUCUCGGAAAUUGUAUUCGUGUAUAACUUGUCCCGGAUUUCUUUGUCUUAUAUCGACUUUUUUUUUUUUUUUUUUUCACGACAAAACACAAGAAAACAAUUUCGAUUACAUCACAAAGCACAACUUUUUUGUUGUUAAUACUAAUUGAUUAGUUUCAGUGUUUCUUGUCAAAUUGUAUACAUUCUUUCACGGCGAGCAAAUAAUCGUAAGUUUUUAUUUAUCAACUGUAGUAAGUUUUUAGUAGGGAUUUUAUUGUAUUACGGAUAGACAUUUGAACGCGUACAGAACGUAUCUCAUGUGAAUUUCAAAAGAAAUUUGUUGUCGAAACUUAUUCACUUGAUUGUAUUACGUUGAAUCGCUUGUAUUGAAAAUUUGGAAUCGGUAAAUUAUAUCCUUGAAAUCGUUAAUUUACCAUAACAAUUUUUUAUUAUAAUUGUAUUAUGAUUAUGAUUUUUUUCUGAUCAAUAGAUAUUUACAGAGUUUUUCAAAAACGUGUAGGUUGUAAUAUAAUUAGAAUAAUUUGAUUGCUGAGUAGUAUUCUUAUUUGAAAUUAAUCUUAAAUAAAUUUAUGAUAGGUUUGAAUACGAAUAAACAUAAUAUAAUUCAUAUAUAGAACUUUUUAAAAUAAGUCAUUGUGAAUUUCAUUUUUGAUACUACU